UACUUUCUCUAUGUCUUUACUUAACACGAAAUCAGAGUAAUGAACGCUUCUCUGAGGCUCUAUCGCCGUAUUCUAAAGCUACAUAGGAACCUUCCUCUAACAGCUAAGGCUUUAGGAGACCAGUAUUUAAAAGAUGAGUUUAGAAGACACAAAAAUGCUACACGAGAACAACUCACAGAAUUUAUCCAAGAGUGGAAGAUGUAUGCUGAUAUGUUAGAAAGACAGCAAGAACUAGGAAAGGACUUUGGAAGCUAUUUAUCAGUAGAUCAAUUGUCAAGUGCGAAUGAUGAGCAGUUAUGUCAGCUUUACGCGCUACACCAAGAAAUAGCCACUGACUCAGACACAACCAAAAAUCAUUAGUUCUUAAAUGGGUAUGAACUAAAUUUGUUGGAGAGUCUCAUAUCUUGUGCUUUGGUGGAAUGGAAAAUGGUGGGUACCAUCAAUAAAUGAGCAACAGCAGUCAAGACUUCAAAAGAAUACUUCACUGACAGUGUGAAAUAAACUAAGGAUUGUCAUGUCCAUUCAUGGAUCCAGAAUCCUAUGGUUCGUGUUCUAUUUAUAGUUGUGUAUUUGGCCAAUCAGAGUAGGUGUGUACAUGUAUCACUUAAAGUAAAACUAUGAAAAUUAAAGAGUGAUGGUGUUGCCAUCAAAUUUGAACAUU